GAGUAGCUAUAUAGUCAGUGUAGUGACUGUGAUAGAUUCAUGAUUAAGCGGACUAAUAUAUUUAUUCAAACAAUGAUGAAAAAGGAUUAUUAUUAUCUUAUAGAUCUAUUGUAGCACUAGUAUAAUAAUACUAGAUCUAGAUCUAUCAUCUCGAUAUACCAGAUCUACAAAUAAUAAUACAUAAGAAUUCGAAUGUAUUUCACUAUUGAAUAAUAAUACUACGUGUUGGAAUGUAUUUCACUCCAGAAUAAUAAGGCCUAGGUAAUCGAAUGUUUUCCUCAUUUUGAAAGUCACUGUGACAUUGACAUUCAAUGUUUUACUGAGAACCAUGACUGAGCUCCUCAGUUUCCGGUUAUUUCUUACCCCUGUGAUUCAUAUUUCUGGAGGAAUUCUGUUUGGAUAGUUAUGUGUUUUGUUCCACUCUCUGUGUUUUGUUCCACUCUCUGUGUUUUGUUCCACUCUCUGUGUUUUCUCACUGGGAUUAAUUGAAGUCCUUCCUUAUGGACGGCCACGGGGAUUACAGUCCUCUGGACAGGCCGCGAUUGUUAACUUCAGGCCUGGAGGGUGGCGCAAGUGGCAGUGGUCAAUCCAGCCACCCCGGGGGUGGCAGCGUUCACCUCACGGUGACGGAGCUGGCCGCCCGGGCCGCCACCCCCACGACAUUAAGUACAUUGGCCCAGUACCAGAGCCGUUAUGGAUUACCUCCCACCGCUUUGCCUGGAUCCAGUUACGCGAUCAUGAGCAGUGUCCUAAGCGGCGCUCACGGCCCUGACGCCAGGAAGGCCUUGAUGCCUGACCUGCACCAUUACUGGAGUACUCACACUGAAAGUUUCCCGAGGUAUCUCAUGGCCGGGGGAUUAUACCCUCCCUAUCCACCUUUGUUUCCUGCCACUGAUUCCUUGUCGCUGUUGGGUGCCGGAGUGGCCUGUGUGUCAGGGGGCGCCGGGCCGUCACCCACCCACCAUGCUGUACAGUAUCAACGGAUUUUAGAAAUGCAUAAAGACGCUUAUCUGGCCUCCAUGACUGUGGCAGCAGCCAAUCAUCAUCCCGCUCUCUACGGACUUAAUCCGGGGGGACUGAACCCUUUCCUUGAGCAGAACCAGUCAAGCCAGCACAGCACUGCGCCCAUCAGCUUGGUCAAGCAGGAGCCCAAAGAGUUGUCUUCUCCUGCAGAGAAGCCAGGCAAACAUUUAGAGAGACAUUCUUCGCUGGAUCUGGACUAUAGCCGCUCCGGAAAGGAAGGGGCCAUAAGUCAUUCAGCUCAUCACAUGAAAGGCAAAAUGUCACCGUCCACCUCUUCCUCCACCUUAACAUCCACGCUGGGGUCGUCAGGCAAACAUGAUAAAAAAGUCACGCCUGUCACCACGUCUGCUUCAUGUUCCAAUAAUCCACAAAGUUUAAAAAGAUCAUCUUCCAGCACAUCCAUGAACUCGGCGCCUAGACAGCCACAAGAUCACCUUCGGACUAAACCUUCCAGCCCAGCCAGCAGUAGAGCGUCUCCAACAGUUUUUUCUGGAAGUAGCAAAAUCCUUGGCAGCCAUAGCUCUAGCAGCAGCAACCCCAACAAGAAAAACAAAUCCUCCACACAUACCAAAAUUUGGAAAGGCUCAGAGCGACAGCAGAACGUGCCACCGGAAACACAAUCUCAUCUGCCGAGAGUCAACUUGCCUAGUCAGGGGUCGGCGCAUGCCAUACCCCUAGCCACUGUCCAGCACGAUGGCAUCCUCCUCUCUGCUCUUGCAUCGCCGUCAUCGGCUGCAGCAUCGUCUGCUAAUUCGUCCAUGCUGACCUCGAUCAAACACACGGCUGACAGAUCAAACAGGUUGUCAACUAGUACGAAAGAAGCAGUAGAGUCGGCAAGCGACGCAGGGGUGAGCUGGACACCGGAGCGUCAGCUAGCCGAAUCGGUCAGUCCUGGAAACGAAAGGACCAACGAGACUUGCCCCAGCAAUGCCUCGGUCGAGCAGUGCGAGGACAGACUGAUUGGCCCGUGCAGUUCUCGCGAAGACAGCUCGGACAUCGUGGUGGACUCUACCGAAGAGACCUCACGGAUAUCCACAAAGUCCGAACAUGACAGAGCCAUUGAGGAGACAAUCGAGCGCGUGGCGUCGGCUGCUGACUCGGAUGUUGAGGCCACAGCGGAUAGUGGUCCGUUUCCUUGUCCUGGCAGAUUGGGAUCCAUCAGCCUUCUGGUUCCACCUGUCAUUAGCAUAGUCAAAUCUGAUGCCACUGGUGCUGUCAGCUCAUCCGUGUCAUCAGGAGGUAACAGAACAGUUUGCGCCAAGACACUGAACAUCCCAUCUAUCACAGCUUCAGGCUCUUUGGGCUCAAGAAACAUCAGCAAGCAGGCCAACGCGUCCGCUCUUCCCUUCUAUCACACCAAAGGCGUGAGGCGAGUGCAUGCCACAACGUACGUCCCGGAGAUUGGAAUCUUCAAAGGGCCAUCCAUCAAAUCCUUUACCAAAAACUCGCUUUCUCUACCGCCUUCCACGGCCUCAACCGCCUCUCUGGAAGACCGUUGUCGACCAGACCCUAAAUAUCUCCAGGUGAGCCCGCUGGUAGUCGGGCACGACCGGACAGAUAGCAGCACCCCAUCACCAGCCUCCCUUACGCCGGAUGCUAUUUCCAACGGCAUGAAUAUAGGGGACAUCUCUUCAAGUUUGGACACGGCCAGCGUUGACUCUCAAAGCGUUCGGUCGCAGUCGGUGACCAGUGUGCAUUCUCUGAAGGAAGAAUACGACGAUCUUUCUGACGAUGAAGUAAAAGGUUUAGUGAUCGAUGACGAUGCUGUCGACAACAGCGAUGAUGUAGUCAGCCAAGUAGGUCAUAAAACUCCAGACUCCGGGCCUUUGGAUGGGGACGAACAGCGUGACAAAUCAGACGACCGACCAAUCAUUUCAGCACAAAUAGACAACCCAUCGAUUCUAGGAGUUAGCGAAAGGACCUCGACCAGUCCUUGCAAUAAAACGUCGGUUCACAUGAUCAAAGUAGGAAACGAAGCCAAAAUGAACAGUAAAGUGCCUUCUGAAAUUGGUGAGCCAAAAUUAUAUUUCAAUGAAGCGAUAGAUUAUAGUUUGCCCAAAAACUUACUUCUUCGGCGCACCAGUUCACAGUCGUCUGCUUCCACGGCUGCACACCACGACAUCGGGGCGGCAGACUUGCCAUCUAGUCUUUCCACUUGUAAAAACUCUAGUUCCGUUGACAAACGUGGACACAGCGCCCACAAGAAGACACCUCCUCCGUUCAAACCUUUUGUUUCACAUUCUGCUUCAAGUGCUGCACUGCAGAGCUGCACAAAGCUGUUGAACACUCGUCAAGCUGUUCGCGUCGGAAGCUCCAAGUCUAGCUCAUCGUCUUGUAAAAUUUCUUCUAUGGCUUGUAAACCGGAGCAAACUGCUUUAAAAACAUCUUGUCACGGCCUUGAUAAGAAGACACCAAGACGCCAUCUUAAAACGGACAGCUCUCAGCCUGUUUCCAGGUGCGAUUCUGCGCCUCCUAUUGUCGGCUCUUCGACUGUAUUGACUUCUGCAGUUUCUCUGACCAAGAGUCACGUGAUAGGAGAUGGGCGCUGCUCCAAAUUAAGUCUUGACUUGUCGGAUAGAACAGAGAGUUCCAACGACCAUAGUUUAGGUAACACCAUUCCUGUGGGGAUUGCAGUGGCGCAGAUCAGACCCCACCACGUUCACACCUCUAGAGAUUACCAAGCUAGUGAAUCUCGUGGUCACGAUGUCAGGUUAAGUUCAGGUGGUGGGAAGCCUCAGGGUAGUCAGACUACAACAACAGAACCACUGCCUCCAAACCUUGUCACAGGGCAUAAUGUGAACUCAUCAUCAUGGAUUACUCAGAUGCCCUUCACAAUUCACCAGGCUCUCAACACAGCAGGAGGGGCAACAUUUGGUGCCUCUCAUUACCCUGUCACUCCACCCUCUGGCUUCAAAUUUACCCAAGAUUCCAUCACAGGCCAGAUCUACUUAGUUGCCACUGGAGUGGACACUGGAGUAUGGCACAACAACAAUUUAACCUCAACUACUGGAACAGGUAAUCCACACUUCACAGCCAACAGUGGCCUUCCUUCAGUAACCUCCCCUGACAACAAAAUUGUGAUUACUAAAGAAGAGGCUAACCCUGUUGUCAGUGGGGACAGUGUCCCAGACCAGAUCAUCUCCACAACAGACAAGAAUGUAGUGGCUGCAGAUGCGGUCAAGCAUCAAACACUAGUGCAACAGUUUAUAAGUGUUAAAGGUGUACCAACUCCAUCUUUUACUUCUGCAACAGCAGCUACUGCACUGGUCAGCCCAGUCACAGGUCACAGUGCCACCACCACCACCACACCAUUUGUAGACAUUAAAGCUGGACCAACCAGCGUUCAGUCUAGAGGCUGCUCACCCAUUCAGUUUGAAGACACCUUAUCACCUUUAGCAAUUCUAUCCACCUUGUCAGCAGUCAAGAGGACAUCCUUAUGCAGUAUUGGUGUACAGACCUGUGAUAAUCUAGUACAGACUGAUGAGAAAAAUGUGUCUUCUAAGCUGUCAUUAAAUGACCAGGGUGUCCAGACCUUAACUACUGACCUUUCAGCUCUCAAUCCAUUAUCAGUUCAGUGCCCUGACCUGGACUCAGUUGUUGAUCAUCUGACUCCUAAGGCCAACGUAGAGAGAACCUCUUAUAAUCCUUUCACUGACCCUCAGAUUCUGCAAGCUGCAGAUGGCUUAGAGCUUCUUAGUGCCCUGGCUGAAAAAAGACCUAAAUGCUCUUCUCUAGAUGACCCCAAGAGAAUUUUCCCCUCACCUAGUGACUCAUUCAAAUCUGACACUGCCAGCAUACUAGCCAUUGAUGAUACGUUAUCCCCCGGUGACACAGAGUUGAAAAGUGGUCAGUGUACACCCAGACGGGAAGUCAGACGAGACCUCUCACCAAAAUGGUCAUUGCCAAAGAAAGAAACACCUUCUUUGGCUUUUGGUGAUUUCAAGGCACCAUCAGGGAAAGAAGAGCUGUGUUCAGACUCCUCAGAUGUUAGAGUCAAGAUGGCAGAAGUACAGAGACAGUACAAAGAGAAACAGAAAAAACUUGCUAAACUACAGAACAAAAAAAAUGAAGAUGGUCUCCAAAACAAAAGAGGUCCAGGGAGGCCACCAAAAAAGAAACAAGGUUCUAAGAAAUCGGAUGAUGAUAGCUCCAGUAGCUCAUCUAAAACAAAAGACCACAGUGGUCAUAACCAACACAAGAAAAAACGUCCUGCUGAAGAACUUGUGGAUAGAGUGUUUAGAAAGUUACCUCCUGUGGUGAAGCCAUGUAAAGUGAGUCGAUCCAUUCAUUAUGUGAAAAGUAAGACUGGACCUUUCUUUAAGAGGAAAUCAGCCUCCAGCUCUGUCAAGAGAAACAAAGAUCUGUUUGGUUUUGAUGAAAGCAACUGGCCAAGUUUUUCUGAAAGAAAGCAUCAAGAAAAAGUGAAAGUUUCUGCUGUCCAAGGAGAGAAACAUAAACACAAGCAUAAGUUCAGUUCAAGUCACAGUGCUGACAGCAAACAUCUUGUGAGUGGCAACAUCUUUGAGAGCAUUAACAAUGAAUUCAUUGAAAGGCGAGGUCGUCCAGCCAAAAAUGGUUCAUUGAAAGAGACAAAACUGAGUAGCACGUCACUGCUGAUGGUGAAAACAGAGCCCAGUUUUCUCCAGAGUUCUCAAGACUCUGGACUUGGUCUGUUGGCUAAAUUUGCACUGACUCCAACCACUCAGCUGACUUCUCCUACAGCCACAUUAUCCACAUUAACUCUAGCCACAACUGCUACUUGCUCAACUCAUGUAACUGUUAUGUCCCAGUUGUCAACAACCUCAUUCAGCAGCAAUUCUAGCAUAUACGGAAGCAUGUACAACAAUAUUUAUCACAUAACCAGCUCCAGCAGCACUCCUGCAAUAACAUUCGGCUCCAGGAGUAGCCUGAUGUCUUCUGCUAAUUCUAGCUUGAUGAGUUUCAGCAGCCCUGGCCUUUCGGCUGCCAUGAAGGUCUCAGCAUCCACGCCUAUUUCAACAUCUCAGACAGCUUUAGCUGCUUCCUCUGUAUUGUCACAAGCAUUGUCAGGGUCACAAGGAACAGCUGCUGUAUGGACAGCAUCAGUGUCUCCACCCUGUGUCAACCAUUCUUCCAGUGCUGAAGAGUCUAGUGGCACACCAUGUGGAAGUGAAGCAAGUCCCCACAAACGCAAACAUGAAGAUGACUCUGAUACUGACACAAGUGAAUCAAGUCCUAAUAAAAAAAGAAAACCCGGAAGACCAAAAAAGAUCAACCCAGAUUUGUCUACUGGUGGCACAGAAACAAUUUGGGCCAAGAAAUCUAGUAACCUUGGCUUGUUGCAAGUGUCUGACUCAAACUCUGGAGUAAAAGACAUUGAUAAUAAAAAGCCGUUGGAUUUAAAUUCGAUGAAACCUUUGUUUCUUGAUGAGGAGUGGACUCGUCGCCGAAGUGAAAGAAUAUUUCUCAGUGAAACAAGUCCCCAGCCCUCCCCUGCCAUCUCUCCUUCUCCUAGGGGAGAACCCGUCUGGAAACUCUCCAAUUUUAUGCCAAAGAGCAAGAAAAUUCUUGAUGUCAAUAAAUCAGUGAAAGAUGGAGAUGGAAAAGAUCAGAGCAACUCCUCACAAAAACAGGCUCCAACCACAGCAACUGUAGUGAAUGUUGUGAAAACAGAGGAAACCCCAAUGCCAACACUAUCAGCUUUUUCAUGGAGUCCAGUGCCAAAAUUACAAGAGGCAACUUCAGUCAAGUCUGAGAAAGAUGUGCCCAAAGUAGAAGACUCAAACUCUUCCCAGACCUCUUCCAGCCAUAAGCCCAAGAAAAGCUUGGAAAGAGUGAAGGAUUUAAGCAAGGAGAGGGAGAAGAAGAAAGCUGAGAAAACCAAGAAGGUGAAAAGUAAAGAGGAGACACAAAUUCAUGAUCAACCUCCAGUCCUGGUCAAGAAAGAGAAAAGAGCAGAGGAACAUUCCAAGAUCAAACUACAGAAAGCUAAAAGCCUUCAUGAUCUGACCCAGCGUGUGAAAAAAAAAUAUUCCAAAGCCAAUAAGAAACAGGAUGAACAGACUCAACCUAAGAAAGGAAAAAAGAGACGCAAUGCAAGUACAGACUCAAGUGAUAAUGAUAACCGUCCUCUGAGUUCAUAUAGAGAUGAACCACCUACACCAGAGCCUCGUUCAUGUAAACUACAGACAAAUGAUCUUAGAGAGGGUUUGAAAGUUCUGUACCUUAAUGAUGGUUUAUUUUAUGAAGGAAUAGUCAAAGCUAUUCAACCACCUGAUGUCUACGGCGUGUUGACUGCUGGACAGAGAGGAAGUAGGCCACAUAUUUUAUGUCAAGAGGAAGUGCUGAAAGAUGCUGUACUUGAUGUCAGACCUGACAGCAUUCGUCACUUGCCUGAAGGGACCAGAGUUUGUGCCUUUUGGAGCCAACAGUUUUCAUGUCUCUACCCAGGAACCGUAACCAAAUCAAGUCCAUGUUCUAGUUCCAAUUCAACUGAGGCAGUUUUUGUUGAAUUUGAUGAUGGAGACUCAGGGAAAAUACCCAUCGGUCACAUCCGUCUUCUCCCAAGUGACUUUCCAAUUGUUGAGUAUGAACCUGAUCCUCUUGCAAAUAUUCCAAAGAGAAGACGCCAGGCAACAUCAGAGUUGACUGAGAACAAAAAAUCCUCUGAGGCUUCUAAAUCUGUUAAAAGUGAUAGAAAACAACAAGAAAAAGAUGAGGAUCAAGAAGAAAAGUCUGACACAGAUGAAAGUACAGCCCCUGAGACCAGCACUAGGUUCUGGAGAUGGUUAGGGACCAGUACCAAAAGACCAGGGUUGAAAGGGAAGGCCAAAAAGGUUUUCUACAGAUCAAUUACUCGUGGUAAAGAAAUUAUCACAGUUGGCGACUCUGCUGUCUUUGUGUCAACUGGUAGAGUUAACUGCCCUUUUAUUGGUCGCAUUCAAAGCUUGUGGCAAGGAUGGAAUGGUCAAAUGAUGGUCAAAGUCCAAUGGUACUAUCACCCUGAGGAAACACAGUCCAAUAAGAAACUAUCAGAUCCAAAGAAUGCACUAUUUGAGUCUCACCAUGAAGAUGAAAAUGAUGUCCAGACAAUAUCUCACAGAUGUCAAGUUCUCAGAUAUGCUCAGUUCAAAAAGAGACACACUAAGGCAUCCAAAAAAGGAAGAACGCUUGGAGCCAAUAUUUUCUAUGUUGCAGGAUUCUAUGACCCAUCCUUCAAAGAGCUCAAAUUUUACCCUGGUGUCAGCUGAGGAGAUACAUCAGAGGGCAUAAAGAUUUCCAACUCAUCCACUUGUCACAGCAACCGAAAGGUUUUUUUUAUUCAUGUGAUCAAGUUCUAAGCCCAUGGCUUGAAAUUUUCAGGAUUUACUAAAAAAAAUGAUUUCAAUGAUAUAAUAACUUCUGAUCAAUAAUUUACUUCACAUGCAGCAGUGUGGAACAUUUGCAGGAGUGGAAAUUGUUGGCGGUUGUUGUAUAAAUGACUUUAUUUGAGAUUACUAAAAAUCUUCACCUAAAAUUGACUUUGACUGUACAUCUACUCAUGUUACAUCUGUUUGACAAUGACUGUACAUCUACUCAUGUUAAAUCUGUACAAAUGUAUGACUAACACAUAUUUCACAAAGAUUUUAUUUUUAGCAUAUAUUUUUUUUUUUUUUACAUUUGGAUGCUGCCUUUACAUACACAAAAAAAAAAAAAGAAAAAAAGAAUCGCUUCAUUUAUUUUUAUAUUAACCUCUUGCUUUGUGCAAACUUUUUUCUUGCAUUUUACACAGCAAUGCUACAUUUUUAUUUGAUCAAAACAUUGUUUACAUCUGUUAGUUUGAAAUUACUGUUUUGUAUGAAUUCUUAUGAAAUAAAAAGUCUGUUGAAGAUAUUUUGAUUAAUCUCAUGGGGACUUUCAAGUAAGAUGUAAAGUAUCUAUUGUUUGACAUUAUACAAACUUAAUUUUUUUUAAAAAUCAAGUAACUUAUAGAAGUCAUCAGAAAUCCAGUACGUAACUAGACCUACAAAAGGUGCCAUAAAUAUUUUAUUGUAUUAAGAAUCUCUUUAACAGCUUUCCUUAAUUAACCAUAACUGGAGUUUUUCUAAUGUUGCAGAUGGAAAUGAUUAAAUUUACAGUAAAAUGUUCACUUAAUUUGCAUAGUUGAAAGGUUUACUAAUUUUAAUCAGACUUGGUGUCAUUGCCCUGACUGUGUGUCAGGCACCAUAACUAGUUUUCAUCCAGUUGUACACACAUUGUAAUGGCUGAGUGGCAAAUGAUCUGUCCCAUGUUUAAUUUACUGGCACUGCUUGAUGUUUUGUAGACAUCUUUUUUGUAUGAAGUUUAAAGAUUAAGAAUGUUUACAUACUUACUUGCUCAGCAAGAUUCAAAAGUAAAGGAAACACUUUCAAUCUUGUGAAACAUUUAUUAAUACUAUUUUGUGUACAAUUUUCUUUGAAGCGUCAUUAAUGUAAAUAAUGAUGUGAAUAACUGAAUUCAAGUCAUGCAGGACCACAAAAUCUCUAAUAAAGAUCCUAUUCAAAUGUGACUUUUGGUUCAAGUCUGGCUUACGUGGUAGUGUGACUAUGAUCACAAAUCGCGUCUGGCUUACUGUUAACCUUUGUUGUAUAUACAGUGUCUUUCCUGCCAGUUCAUAGUGCUUUGAAAUACUUGUUGACAAAUGUUUGCUUGCCCAUUGAUUUCAUUAACACAUUGUAGACAUGCAGUCAUAUUGUGCAUGUUUUGUUUGAUGUAAUUAAUUCCACUCCAUACUUUGUUGUACAUUUUAUUUUCAGUCCAAGAUUUUAUUUUUUAAUCAAUUUGGAAUUCAUAUUUUCCUGUGAAAAUUGUCUAAAUGAAUCAACUGGGUCAGAUCAGUGUCUAAUUAUUUACCCAAAUUGUGAUCAAGUGACGGUUGAAUGUGUCAUAGUCUCUUAUAGCAAAUAUAAUUAGUUGGAAAUAUCUAGUCUACCUACAUAGAAUAAUCACUUAUUGAUCUGUAACAAAUUGAAUAGGAUAUUUUUUGUAAGAAAUGAGAAACUACUUUGGUUGUAAGAAACAUUUGUCUGCAUUUGGUGAAAUUUUUUUUCUUUUGUAGUAUUGUUUAGCAUUUACAAAGCUGAGAACAACUGAUUAAUUUGUAAUAUACCAUAAAAGGGUGUUCCAAUCUUUAGCUGAAAGUGGGAUAAAAAAAAAGUCAUGACCUUCAAACAUUUUCUUGUUUGUUUAUAAAACUUGAUAAUACACUGUGAGUCAAUUCUGAAAAUGGCACAUGUAUGAGAUAAAAGCAAGUCUCUAUGAUACCACUGUCUUCAUUCUGUCUAUAGAAUCUCUGUAUACAUUUUCUCUCUCUAUAUAUAUUGAUUCAUAUCACUUUUUUGGUUGCUGUGUUCCUUUUAGUUUUGUGUGUGAUAUUUCUGUGCUACUACACUACACUUUGUGAUAAAAGGGGAAACAAACGCUUGCCCCUGUAUUAAGAUCUUUAUUACACUUUUAAAAUGCUGACUUCCACUGAUGAUGAGUAUUGUUCAGUCUGUCUCAUUUGUUCUACCACAUGCCUUCAUGUAUAUUCAGUAGUUUGACAUGACCACCAUUACUUGUAUUAUGGCUUAUCUCAUCAGAUUUUGAAAGCAAUUUGUCUCAACAUCACUUGAAACCUAAGUUUCAAGACUUCAUCUCUGACGAACAUUUAGAUCAUCCUAAUAGGAAUAAUUUGAUUUUAUCACAUGAUAAUCUUUUUAGAAACAUUUUUAGAUAGAAAUAGUUUUUAAGCAUAUUACACACUGCCUACACUUUCUAUUCAAUCAUUUUUUUUCUGGUAAUUUGUUGGCUUUAUAUAAUCAUUUAGAAGUAUAUUAUUUUAUUGAAUGACUUUGUUGUCUGAUUGUAUUUUGAUGGUUAGAUUCUAAGUCUAGCAACAGUAUUGCAAUCUUGUUGACAUUCAGCUUACAGGUCAGCAUAACUUAUUAAAAAGGACACUGAAGGUUACCUUGACCUUACAUUGCCUCUAGUGUAACGCAUUGUUUGCAUAAGUAAUAUAUACAUACAGGCUUUUUUAAUGCUUGACUCAGAUUUUUUAGACUAUAUAUUAUAUUCUUAUAAAUAAGUAUACAUUAAUAUAUUGUGGAUGUGAAUAAUUUUUCUGUCAAGGUCAUGAUACAUGUACACUUUUAGAUACUCUUAGGCUUGGAUUUGAAUAUUAUUUUUUUUAACUUUCUAUUUUCUCUUGUCCAAUAGAAGUAAUGAAAUGUCUAAACAUUUGUUAUUCUUUGUAAUUGUUAAUCAUUGCACUUGUGAUUGAUGACAAUUUAUUGUUACCAAUGACUCUCCAUAGUGUCAUGUGAAAAGUCUGUGUAGUGAUUCUGGUUUGCAGAAAUCUAUUUGGAUUAGCAUAAGUAAAAAAAAAAAAUAGGACAUCUAUCAGUUGUUGGCAUUACAAAAAAAAAUGUCCACUUUUGAUCAGUUGCAUAAACUUACUUUCAAAGUUUGAACACAUCUGUGAGAAAUCUUAAAAACUGUUUUAAUUUAAAAACUUUAAAAAGUAAUUUUACAAAAUCCUUUUUUUUUCUUUUUUUUAUUGACCUGUAUGUAUGUGUGUGUGUGUAUGUGUACAGAUUUAUUUCUUAACCAAGUCUUCAUCAUCCUCUCACAACCAAUUCCUUGUUUCCAUAGUAACUAAGAAUCAUUAUUUUGUUGUUAUGUGGACUACAAAGUUUUUGUUAGACCAAAUCUAUUUCAUCAAUUUGUUUGACCUUGACCUGAAUAGUUCUCUUGAACUGUCUGUUGAAAGCAAACGUUUGACACAAUCUGUAUGUCGAUAUCUGUAUGUUGAUAUCAAUCCAUGAUGCAACUUGUACUCAUACUGCUUUGGUGGGAUUAAGAAGGAGGGGGUUGCUAAUGUAAUCUGACUACAUGGGGUGGGGUGGGGGGGGAGCUUGGAACUAUGUUAAGAAUGGCUGCAUGGGAAUGCUGGGGUAGGGAUCAAUGUUGUGGAUGGGAACAGUUCUCACGUAAUGCUAUGAACAGAUGACUAUCAAAGUUGGAUCAAUAAAAAAAUUGUUUACUUUGAA